AUGGCUGAAGAACAACAACAUUCAUCAGGUUACAGCAGUGGUGGAAAUGUUAUCCCUACUCCUGAAGAAGCUGCUACUUUCCAGCCCCAAGUUGUUGCUGAAGGUGGAUGGGAUAAAUGUUGGGAAGACAAGGUAACACCGUGGGAUCAAGGAAGAGCCACACCUCUCAUUCUUCAUCUUCUCGACUCUUCAUCUCUCCCUCUUGGCCGUACUCUUGUCCCCGGCUGUGGCGGAGGGCACGAUGUCGUUGCCAUGGCAAGCCCUAAACGUUUCGUCGUUGGAUUGGAUAUUUCUGAAAAGGCUCUCAAGAAAGCUAAUGAGACUUACGGCUCCUCACCGAAGGUAGAAUACUUUUCGUUUGUGAAGGAAGAUGUCUUCACUUGGCGUCCUAACGAAAAAUUCGACCUCAUCUUCGAUUAUGUGUUUUUCUGCGCAAUUGAACCGGAGAUGAGAACUGCAUGGGGUAAAUCCAUGCAUGAACUCCUAAAACCUGACGGCGAGCUCAUAACACUUAUGUAUCCGAUGACCGACCACGAGGGUGGAGCUCCCUACAAAGUAGCUUUGUCUUCAUACGAAGACGUGUUGGUUCCGGUAGGAUUUAAAGCAGUGUCCAUUGAGGAGAACCCAGACUCCAUCCCCACUCGUAAGGGCAAAGAGAAGCUUGCGAGGUGGAAGAAGAUCAACUGAUUCAAGAGAGAGAGAGAUCUUACGCUGUUUAGUAAGAUCAGUGUUAUAUGUGUGUAAUGUUGUAAUCAAUAUUAAAGAAUAAAUUGAGUACCAUCAUAGUACUCUAUGUAAAAUAUGUAAUGUUUGAAUGUGAUACUUAUCAGACCGUGACCAGCGUCUACUCUACGAGGGACCAGAUCUAUCCCCUUGUUGUUAUGUCCCAUAUAUGUUUCCUCUCUUUCAUUUGGUGUGUGCUUGU